AUGAUUACGCCGUCUUUGUCUAAUCCUUCAUUUUAUGAUAUGUUUAACGUCGUUCACAUUGAUGAAAAAUGGUUUUACAUGUCAAAAUCAUCUAAAGGUUACUACCUUGUACCCGGUGAGGAUGAGCCAUUAAGAACAUGUAAAUCCAAAAAAUUUAUCACAAAGGUCAUGUUUUUGGCCGCCGUUGCACGACCAAGAUUUGACACGUUAGGUAAUGAAAUUUUCUCAGGAAAGGUAGGUAUCUUUCCUUUCACAAAACUUGAACCCGCAAAACGUUCAAGUAAGAAUCGUGUUACGGGGAAUAUGGAGACUAAACCUAUCUUGUCGGUGACUAAAGAAGUAACGCGGUCAUGGUUAAUUGAUAAAGUACUACCGGCUAUUAGGGAUAAAUGGCCGCAAGAUCAUACGGGUCCAAUAUUUAUUCAACAAGAUAAUGCGAAGCCGCAGAUUAGUAUUGACGAUGAACAAUUCGUUCAAGAAGCAUCUCGAGGUGGGUUUGAUAUUCGACUUAGUUUUCAACCUCCAAAUAGCCCGGAUUUAAAUGUAUUAGACCUCGGGUUUUUCCACGCUAUUCAAUCACUUCAAGAACAAGAGGUUUUAGGAUCGAUCCCGUGA